AUCAUAAUAAACAGCAGAAAGGAUAUCACCAUUGAUAUAAUAACCUCAUCUUCUCUCAGUCUGGCCUUGUUCUUUUUUUAUUCUGUUUUCAACAUAAAAAAAUUUUCGACUGAAUGACUCUAUUGGGAAGAUGACAUAGACCCUUGAGUUGUGAAGUACAAGAAAUAGUGAUUGGAUAUGUACUCACGAGUAUUAAAUGCAUAAGCAUUUGUCGCUACCUCUACUCAAACACCAUCUAAUAUAUUUAUCCAAUUAAUUAGAUCGAUAGAUUGUCACAAAAGCAUGCAAUUUUAAAGUAAGUUUAACUGUGAUUUAUCAAAAAUAUCAGAGUCCUAACUAGACUUGGUAAUGGCUCCUGUAAUUGAUUACUCCAAACCCUCUUGAUUACUCUACCUCAUUAGCAUGGAGUGAGGAAUUCUGGUCAUACAAUCAAUAUGGUCGUUAAGAAAUGCUUGCUCUCUUCCUAGGCACGAUUUUGAAAAUUCAAUGUUUACGAUAUCAGAAAUUCAUGAGGGAGGAUGAGAAAGGGUGGGUACAUCAGAAUCUCCUCCUAAGAUGAUAUUGGUAUUGGAACAAGCGGAAUCUACCAGCUUCCAUCAAGCCCUUUCGUUGUUGCUUAAGUUUCAGGAAAUAA